UUUGGGAUUUGGGUUCAGGCUUGAUUGCUGAUGUUCCUGAGUGGGGACGACAACUGAUUGCAAGCUUCAGCAUUUUCUUACGUAUGCCGAACUUUCUGGAGUUAAAAGAGGAAGAGGCUCUUGAAUUUAGUUGGGGUCACAAAAGGUGUCUUGGUGGCACUUACAAUGGUGUCCAGUUUUAUGAUUCAUUCACUUAUGAUGGCAUCGAGUACUCUCUUUAUGAUUGUGUCUACAUGUGGGCUGAUGAUCAACGUGAACCUUACAUUGGUAAGCUUGUUAAAAUAUGGGAGACGGCAAGCCACAAAAAGAAAGUGAAAGUUGUGUGGUUUUUCCGUCCCAUUGAGAUAGCACAUUGGUUAGGAGAUAUCAAGCCACUCAAGACUGAGAUAUUCUUAGCUACUGGGGAGGGAAAAGGCCUUUUCAAUCUCAAUCCUUUGGAAGCAAUUUCUGGGAAGUGCAAAGUUGUUUGUGUGUCAAAAGACCCAAGAAAUGCUCAACCAACGGAAGACGAUUUGAGGAAUGCUGAUUACAUAUUUUACCGUACUUUCGACGUGGGAAGCUGCAAGGUGUCGACUGCUUUUGCUGACCAAGUUGCUGGCAUUGAAGUGAAGCAUUACUUCAAUUCAAGAAAGGUUCAAAAGUCAAUCCUUGAUACUGAAAACGUAGCAAAUUUUCCUGUGAAGGAUGGGACACCUGCUAGAGUUAAAACGAAGUUUUCAGAUACUUCUGCAUCUACUGAUGUGCCUGAGAUUCAGGCACAGAAGAGGAGGAAAGUUGAAGGCUCUUUAGGGUACAAGGAAAAAUUGGAUGUCAAGGAUCCUUUCGGGAAGAAUAUAAGUAUGUCGAAAGGAGUUAAUAUCAAUGACAAAGCUAGCAAGGACCCUCACCAACUUGGACAAAACAAAGGCAUGAAGAGCGAUAGCCAAGUUAUGGAAGUAACAAGCAGGCUGGAUACGGUAGGAAGCUGCAUCCUGAUCUUCAAAAAUCUUAGUGGAUCAGGGGUUACAACAUGGAAGGGUGAUCAGCAAGAUUUGAAUUUGAUGAUCUUGUGCUCCUGCCCUUGGAUAAAUGAAAAAUAUAAAAGUGAUUUGUUCACCUCUAGAUUACAAGACCACCAGGCAGGAGGAGUAGGAUUUGUAAAUGGAAGUACAAAUCGUCCUUUCUGUGUGCUUGUUGGCAAACUUGACUUCUUACUAUGGGACAACUAUGCACAAAAACAUGUUACAUCAAUGUGA